AACAAAACCCGGGGUGGGGGAGAAACGGGCACUGAAAUGGGACUAAAGGAAAAGGGACUUUCUGGAAUAAAAAACAUAAGGAAUUGAUGGAAUAAGUGACGGGAGAGACCCCCCCCCCCAGAUUCCAGGCAGUGAUCCGAGCACCCCAAAACCUACAGAAGCGCAAAGUGGAAAUGAACAUAGACCCAAGACCAUGCAGUUCUUAAGAUCGUGGAUGUCAGGAUUUCAGACUCUGGAAGAGACCAAUGAGAUUGUGCAGCACAGACGGGUCCAAGAGUUGCCGCUUCUCCUCGCAGCCAAGGAAAAUAAUAUUGAGCGGCUGAAGGAACUCUUAGUAAAUGAGGCAUGUGACCCCCUCCAGCGAGGGGCCCAGGGGGAGACGGCUCUGCACGUGGCGGUGACGCACAACAACAUGGAGGCAGCGCAGGUAUUGAUCCAAGAGGCUCCGGCGCUUGUUCACCAGCCUAUGACCUCCGACCUUUAUCAGGGACAGGUGGCCCUUCAUAUUGCAGCCGUUAAUCAGAACGUGGGUCUAGUGAAGCUUCUGAUAGAAAGUGGAGCCGACGUGUCUUCCCCUAGGGCCACAGGGACAUUUUUUUCAUUGAACCCCAAGAACCUUUUUUACUUUGGGGAGCACAUCUUGGCCUUCGCUGCCUGCGUGGGAAACACCCACAUUGUCAAGUUACUUAUCAACCGCGGCGCUGAUCUCUAUGCCCAGGACUGCUGGGGAAACACGGUUCUACACAUUCUGAUUCUGCAGCCCAGUGAGAACCUGUCCUGUCAAAUGUUGGACUUCAUUCUGUCCCAGGAACUUCAAGAUGCCAAACAAUCGCUUUGCCAAAUACGUAACAAGCAGGGGCUCAGCCCACUAAUGCUCGCCGCCGCCGAGGGGAAUAUGGCUAUGUUCCAGCACUUGGUGCAGAAGCAGCGGAAGGCCCAGUGGGCUUUUGGUCCCGUUACCACCAUGUUAUAUGACCUGUCAGAGAUUGACUCCUGGGAGAAGGACCAGUCUGUGCUGGAGAUUAUUGCCACAUCCAGGAAGAGCCAGGCCAGUAACAUACUCAACUGUCAGCCAGUGAAAGAGCUGCUAAAGGAAAAGUGGAAGAGGCGCGGGCGCCCGUACCUGCUGUCUCUCGCUGCUCUGUAUUUACUGUACAUGAUAUGUGUGUCUCUGUGCUGCGCCAACCGCCCCCUGAAGCCCCGAGAGGGCAAUAUCACCAACCCCAGGGACAUCACGCUGUUUGUUCAGAAAACAUUGGAGGAAUCGUAUAUCACUGAGGAGGACCAUCUACGCCUGGUGGGAGAAAUCAUAUCUGUCAUUGGGGCCCUUAUCUUGUUACUGCUGGAGAUCUCACAGGUGUUUCGGGUCGGGAUAAAGGUUUAUGUCUGUCGCCAGAUGUGGGAAAACCCUUUCCAUUUCAUGAGAUUUUCCUACUCCCUGAUGGUCCUGGCGACCCUUUCCCUGCGCGUCUCUAGCUCCGACGGGGAGGAGAUUCCCAUGGCCAUGGCCCUGGUGUCGGGUUGGUGCUACAUGAUGUAUUUUGCUCAAGGAUUCCAAAUGCUCGGCCCCUUCACUAUUAUUAUACAAAAGCUGGCAGCUAGUGACCUGCUGAAGUACUGCUGGCUGAUGGCGCUGGUGAUCUGGGGGUACAGCACGGCUUUGUACAUUGCGUAUCAGACAGAGGAUCCUUCCCAACUCGGUGGCUUUUUUCCUUACACCACGUGUUUGCUAAGUACCUACGAACUGUUCCUCAACAUCCUCAAUGGACCGGCCAACUACGCUAUAGACGUGCCAGGCAUGUACACCCCACUGUACGGCUCCUUCUGUGUCAUCGCCUUUCUCCUCAUGUUCAACCUGCUGACUGCCCUAAUGGGGGACACGCAAGGAGAUCUGGCAAAGCAAAAGGAUGAGUUAUGGAGGGCACAGAUAGCCGACACCACAGUAAUGAUGGAGCGCAGGAUUCCGAGAUGCUUCUGGUCUAGCUGUGGCCCUACAGACCGGGACAUGGAAGGAAGGAGAUAUCUCAGUGUAGAAGAGAGAAAAUGGCUUCCUCUCCCACCAACAGAGCUAAAUGGGUACCAAGAGGAUUCUGAUGAAGAGACAGAUGAUGAAGACAGAAAUACCAGUCCCUGGACUGAGCCACAGUGGCCCCAUGGAAGCCCAGAGGCCAAUGACAGCAUCAGAAUCAUCCCCCAAGGAGAGCACCGGUUGGUUGGUGAAGAGGUCUACCACAUCUAAUGAGGCCGUUUCUCCCAGGACACAGCUGUCUCCACUGAUUUGACUCCGUUAUAGCAUUAAAGAACAAUUAAACCUUCCCAUAUCAAUAAAAUAUUUAUCUCCAGCCACCAUUUUGUGGUGCUAGAUUGUAAGCUCUAUUAAGUGGGACCCUCUAUACCACAACUGGCAUUGAAGAAAAUCGGGGCACCAGUCUCAUUGCAGAGCAGUAGGUAUCCAUGAGUUGGUUCAAUCUUUAUCCAGAUAAUGCCCUAAAGUGAUGGAGAUGCCCCUGGGCUCCACCGAGUCAUAAACAUUCUAUAAACAAAGAACAGUACAGGGGUAAAUGUAUUUUUAUGUUUUUACCCCGCAUAAAAUGCAGCAUGUGUUGAUUUUUCAGUAGCUGAAGUGACUUCCGUGACAAUUUGUAUGCACUUACUAUUUUCGUGGGUCUCUUCAUGCUGUGGACCCUUGGUGUUCUUAGAUACCUAAUGCUAUGUGGGAGAUACAAACUGGCAAAGUGAAAGUUUCGAGGUGAAUUUCAGAAUUUUCAUACAUUUUUAUAGAAACUGCUAAAUGGUUACUCAUUUUGGAUUCGCCAGAAUGUGUACUUCUCAAAAAGAAAAGUUUCUUGGGGGUAAAGUCUGUCGUAUUCUGCUGUAGUGCUUUGAAAAUUCGGUAAUUUACUACUACUAUUUGAUGUAUAGAAGUCAGAAAUCUUCACAAAACUAUACAUAUCUGGGAUUGGCAUGCUCGAGAGACACAGAAGCAACACUAUUUAUUCUUAUGUGAUGCUUUGCUGCUGAGUACUGUGACCUGAGACUUGUGAGGACGGGAAUGUGUUGUUAUAGCAAAUAUGCCGUGACUGUGCAAUAUGUGUACGUGAUUAUCAUGGGUAAACAAAGUAACUGAA